GCGGUAUGGCUGACGAGCUUAAUUCACGAAGCGUGUUUUUGACCGUCUUGGAAGCCAGCUUUAUGAUUUUGUUAAAUGUGUUAUCCCUGUUAGGAAAUGUUUUAGUCUGUAUCUCUGUUUACAGAAAUACAAGACUUCGUACCUCGACCAACGUCUAAAUUGUCGCUUUGGCCAUCAGCGAUUUGUUGUCCGCCAUUUUUGUUAUGUCUCUGGCUAUCGGGGUGCUUAUUUCAGGCAGAUGGUCUUUUGGAGGAACAGUUUGCCAGAUGCACGCCUUCAUGGCCCAAUUUGUCGUCUAUGUUUCACCUGUUACCAUGGGUUUGACGGCAAUUAACAGAUAUGUGAGAAUAUGCAAGUCGGAUCAACAAUAUGAGAGAUUCUUUUCGAAGAGAAAAUCUCUCAUUUUAAUCGUUUCCGCAUGGAUGUUUGUUGCUUGUUAUAUUUUGACCGUGCGUCUUACGGGCUUAAAAGAGUUUCACUUCGUGCCUGGCUAUGCAGUAUGCAUGAACGUACAUCUACGAGAAUUUGGCAAAAUUGUCCAUUACUUUCUUGUCGUUGGCUUGUUUUNAGACUUAGACAAUUUUUCGUAA